AGGACGCAGCCGCCGCCUCGGCUCCCAGUAGGUCCUAGUCACAAGGUCGCCGGUAAUUAUUACUGCAGCCGGGACGGACGGCGAGAGGCUCUGCCACCCAUCGUGGUGGUGACGGCGCAGAAGACGCUGGCAGCGGGGGCUGAGGCGAGCAGUUCAGGCUCUGCAGUGACAACAGCUGAGAAAAAGCCAGUGACACCAGGACCACCGCUUAAGAAGUGGGAAAUUUCAAAAGACCAGCCCUAUUUGUGA